GAAGAAGUGAUCUUAACCCAAUUCAGAACGUCAAUUGUUUGGUAAUAAAAUUCACAAACAGAACUAUUUUCCUUUUCCUAUUUUUAUAAUAAUUGAGAAUUUCAGGCAACAGACGUCAGUAUUAACUUUAUUUUUGAGUUACAAGUAGAGAAAGGACAUGGCUGAAUGUAAAAUAAGUUACUCUAAUAAUGAUCAGUUAGAUUGGAAUCAAAAGAAACGCGAGAUGAUGUUGAAUUUAGGUCUAACAUCUAAAAACUCUGGGAAUGAUGAAACGCCAACGCCUACAAGACUGAUUAGAAAUUGUGAAGAAGUGGGACUAUUUCAAGACCUACAAAAUGUAAACCCAUUUGAUGAAGUUUUCAAAAAGGCUAUAGAAAAUCCUUCCAUUAAUUUACAAGUACCUACUAAUUCAUCAGAUGACACGUUACAUACACCACAAAUUUAUCCAAACUUAGAGGAAAGCUCAUCAGCUACUAAUAAUAGUAAUAAAACAAAAACAAAUUCUGUAAAAAAUAUUCAAGGUUCAAUUACACCUAUACCUAUAAGCAGACUAAAAGAACCUGAUAAACGUAACAAUAAACGAGAUUUAGAACAUAUAGCUUUUAAAAGAGAAGCAAAUAAAGCAGCACAGUUUAGAUCUCGGAAGAAAAAGAAAAAAGAAUUUGAGGAAAUGAGAAUUGAGGUUUUACAGUUGAGGAAGGAAAAUAAACAACUAAUUCAAAUUAAUCAAAAUUUACAAGAGAUAAUUAAUUCAUUAAAAUCAAAACAUAAAGAUAAGCCUAACAUAGAAGUUACUGAUAAAAAUUUAACAUUUGAAAGUAUAGAUGCACCUAGUAAAGUAGGAUAUAAGAAACAGCUGAAAUGUAAUAAAUCUAGUUCUAAGAGUAAUACCCAUCACAUCCAAAUAAAAUGCCCCAAAGUGGCGCCAACGCCACCUUUAAUAGUGCCAUUAAAUAGCUCUGCUACCACACUACCAAUACAGACUAUUCAGAAUACACCAAAUGGUACUGUUAUAUUUAUUGUUAAUGGAGGGAAUAGCAAUAAUCCUAAUGGCAUGCCACCAGUAAUAUCUAAGACAAAAAUUUUACCUGCAAACAAGAAGCAUGACAAAUAAUUCAAAAAGAUAGUUUAAGAAUACAUAUGAGGAAAAAGAUAAAUUCUUUAAGAGAUUUUUUAUGUCAAAACGACCACCUCAGUAUUGUGAUAUUAAAAAAUUAAAUAUUUGAAUCUAUAUCAGUUAUCCACAAAUUUUUAAUCCUGUGUAGACUAGAGCCUUACAAGCAAAAUGCUUUUGUUAUUUUAUGUAACAAAUAAAAAUAUUUGUUGAAAAAAGUUAGAAGCUUGUUCAUUUUUAUGAAAGCUUUUUUUCUACCUUUCAAACUGAUUUUGACUGAAGCUGUCAAAAUGUUUUUAAAUUUAUCAAAAUUCUAAAAAUGAAUGAACUUGCUCAAAGGGCAAUUGAAAUUUUCUUGGCUAUAUUUGUAAAUUAUUGUUUACAGUUUCUGAUUUAUGUAAUUUUUUACAAAAAGUCCGCCAAUACGUCCUAUUUCUUUGAGUAAAAUUUGAAAAUGAGUCGAACAACCAAAAGUGGCGAAACCGAGAUUGAAAGCUUCGUGGAAGUUAUUGCAAACACCCUGUUUUUUGCUGUUUUAAAGACGUCAAACUGUAACAGGAAGCUUAGAGGACAUGGAGAUUUAUUUUAUUUCACUGUAGAUGAGGAAUUAUCAUAUCAAAAUUAUUACUACGAUUUUGGACCUUUAAAUAUCUCUUGUUUGUACAAAUACUGCACCAAGCUGAAUAAAUACCUUCAGUAUGCCAAGGGUGUUAAAGGCAUCGUGCAUUAUACUUGCAACCAUCCAGAUAAAAAAGCAAAUGCAACCUUCCUUAUAGGAGCUUACUGUGUUAUUUAUUUAAAUAUGCAACCUAAAAAUAUAAUGAAGAUGUUGCAAAAUGUUGGACCGUUCAGGCCAUUUCUUGAUGCUUCUCAAUACCCAUGCCAGUUUACAUUAAAAUUACUGGACUGUCUGCAAGCCAUCUCCAAAGCUAUAGCUUUUAAUUUUUUCAAUUUUGAAGAUUUUAAUUCUUCUGAAUACGAUCUAUACAAUAAGCUAGAAUUUGGUGAUAUAAAUUGGUUAGUGCCUAGAAAAUUUUUAGCUUUUAUCGGUCCUACCGAUAACAGAACUUCGCAUCCACCGGAAUUUUACAUAAAGUAUUUCAUAAAGAAUGAUGUUAAAACCGUUAUAAGGCUCAACAAUGUCUUAUACGAUUCGUAUGCGUUUAUGCAAGUCGGCAUACAGCACUAUAACUUGAUAUUUCCUGAUGGAUCUACACCACCAAAAGAUAUCCUUUUAAAGUUUUUGUAUAUUUCUGAAACUGCUCCAGCUGCUAUAGCUGUUCAUUGCAAGGCCGGAUUAGGUAGAACAGGCUCUUUAAUUGGAGCUUAUUUAAUCAAGCAUUAUCAUAUGAGUGCUAGAGAAGCUAUAGCCUGGCUUCGUAUAUGUAGACCAGGGUCUGUAAUAGGGCAACAGCAAAUAUGGCUGGAAAAAAUUCAGAGCUGGUUAUGGAGAAUUGGUAGUCAAUAUAGAAUUGAACAUUUUGGGGAGGGUGAUAAGAUUCCUAGACACAAAUAUGGUAUAUACAGCAAAAUUUGGCCUACUGAAAGAGAAAAAAUGAUUAAAGAAUCUAGAAGAACCUUCAGAACAUGUUCGAGAACAGAACCAGAAAAUUUACUCCAGAUGCAAAAGAAGAGCAAAGCGUUGAGCGUAGAUAAAUUGCAUACUGACUCAAAAAUUUUACCCUCAGGCGACAGUUUUAAGAACAUAUCCAAAUUAUUAUCUUCGGUACAUACCUUUAAGAAAUUCAGGAACGUCCACGAUGGAGGAUCUGAUGUAAAAGUUAAAAAGUAUUCAAAAUCAGAUAAAUGUAUCAACUGCACAAGUACAGACAUUUCUCCAAAGAAAGCGGUAAAAAAGAAAAACAGCGAUAAAGAACAUAAAAUGCAGAACAGUCAUGCUCAAACCAAACAACUUAAACCCGUUCAAACAAGCCAAGGUGACAAAUUAAAUGAUAUUAAAGUUCAGAGAAGUAGAAAAUGUAAACUACACAACGUUUAGAAAAAAGUGAAAGAUAUUUAAUCAAGCUAAUUAUUUUUGUGAAUGUUAUUUAAGUCAAUUUACCAUUAUAUUUAUUUGCAUCAAUCUCAGAAAUAGUCAAACAUUUUGAAAAACAA